CUCUCUUUCAUUUUUUUUUUAUUCUCUCUUCAAUGUCUCGUGAACAUACAGUUCAAAAAUCAAUCAAUGUUCUUGUCUAUGCCUUUUUGAUUACGGCUACUGUCUUAUCAUUCUCUGGUAAUAAUAGUUUGGCUGAUAUCUUUAAUACCUUUGAAACCUACUUUGACCCUGCUCCUUGGGUCUUUUACGUAUGGACUGUCACCUAUUUCCUUCUUGGUGGAUUUGUCAUUUAUCAAUGGUUUGAUCAAGCUCAUGAAUCUGCUAUCCAUGGUGUUGGUUGGCACUUUGUUCUUUCUGCUAUUCUAAACACUCUUUGGCUUAGUUUGUUGGAAGGGGAACAUAAAAUAUUAUCCUUUUUUGUCUCUGUUUUCCAAAUCUUCUCUGUUUCAUUCGUGUUUUACAAGUUGGAAGCCGAAUAUCAUGCAAACAACUGGUGGGAUCGUCUCUUUUUACAUGCUCCAUUCUCUCUUUGGCAUGGUUGGACCGUUUUUAUUACAGCGGUCACUGCCUUUGUUGCUUUUACUGGUGUUAACAAAGCUGAUGAUGGUACCAUCUUGCCUCCCAAUGUUCUUCAUAUCGUAUUAUUCUAUAUUGGUCUUGGAUUCUUGUCCUUUACUGCUAUUGGUUACGUGGAAUAUAAAGGUCAAAAGGGUGAUUUGACUUCUGCUUGGGUCAUUGCCUUUGGUAUGUGGGCUGUCUUUGUCGAACAACCUUUCCCUACCACUCAUUGGGGUGCUUUGGCUGCCGCUAUCAUCACCACUCUCUGGCCUGCAAAACCUUAUAUCUGGAGAGCUUUGGGAAGAUCUACUAGUAGUGAAACCGCUCCUCUUCUGGGUUAAGCUUCAUUUCCUAUCUAUCUCAAUUUUCUAGUCAAUGAUCAAUGUCAAACCGAUAUUAUUUCAUUCUUUUUUUUUUUUUAUCCUUCGUCC